GGUAUUUUACAUACUUAGUUCUAAUUUUAUGAAUCUAUAUUAUAUAGUCCAUAUUUAUUUACUAUUGCUAUCAUAUUGUCUUAUAAUGUGAGCUAUAAGUAGCUGCUUGAAGUUCAAUUUUUGUUCAUCUUUACUAUACUUAGUUCUAAUUUUAUGAAUCUAUAUUAUAUAGUCCAUAUACUAAAUAGCUCCUCCUUCUUAGUUAAGUUUCAAUCUUCAAUCUUGAACCUCAUCAUUUAUUCACAUAUCCAUUAUGAUUUAUCAACAAUCAUUCAAAAGUACCAUCAUGGAGGUAAGGGAAGAUUCCAUGACUUCACUAGUUGCUCAUAAAGAACCAACUUUUAGAACUGCCCAUUUUCUCAAACCUAUUGCAAACUCCAUUCAUGAUGAACUUAACCUCAAUAACUUUAACAACCUUAACCCUUCUUCUUCUUCUUGUCCUGUUUUUGAACCAAAGGAAGGAUCUUUGAAAAUCAAUUUCAAUGGGUGGUGCUACCCAAACCCCAAAUGGGUUAUGUGGGUUGAUCAACUUAAGCUCAAGUAUGAAUCAGUGUGGAAAAAAGCUGGAAUCUUUGAAGCUAUUAUGAGUACUAAGAGCCACAUAAUGAAAAAUCAAGACUUGGUUUAUGGGGUUGUUGAGAAAUGGUGUUCUGAGACAAAUACAUUUGUGUUUCCAUUUGGUGAGGCAACAAUCACUUUGGAAGAUGUUAUGGUUUUGGGGGGUUACUCUCUAUUUGGUUCUCCUAUUUCUAAACCACUUAAAGAUCAAGAAAUGAAAGAGGUUGAAAAGAAAUUGAAACUUGCCAGAAGUCAGCUUUAUAAGACUAAAUCAGGUGCGCCUAGAACAUCGUUAUGGAUGAAUAAUUUCAUUGAUUGUAAUGAUAGUGAAAUUGAACAUGAAGCAUUCCUUGCUACAUGGUUGUCAAUUUUUGUUUUUCCUCAUAAAAAAAUGUUUGUGAAAAGUUGUUUGUUUCCUAUUGCUAUUCAUCUUGCUAGAGGAAAUACUAUUGCUCUAGGACCUUCUGUUUUGGCUAGCUUAUAUAAGGAUUUGAGUUUGUUCAAGAAACAAAUUGUUGAUUUGAAAAAAUGUACUGAUAAAUUUCCAUUUGUGUUGGAUGUUAAUGUACAAUCACCCUUUUACUUGGUUCAAGUUUGGGUUUGGGAGAGGUUCAAAAAUUUGCAACCACAACCCAAGUUGAUCAACAAUGGAGACCCUUUAUUGUUGAGGUGGGACAUGGUUAAGGCCUUGAAAAUUAAAAACGUGAGGUUGGCAUUAGAUUCGGCUACCGAUUAUUUUAUUUGGCGUCCGUAUGUUAGAUAUAAUGGAAUGUUUUAUCCAAAUGAUGAAAUUUUGCUAGCACUUAAGAAGGAUUUGGAUAAAAAAAUUCUCUCAUUUGUUAUAUGCUUGAGAGUUUCUGAGCUAGUUGGAUUUGAAUGUAUAGAGCAAUAUCUUCCACAUAGAGUUGCUAUGCAAUUCGGAAUCGAUCAAGAUGUUCCAGUUUGUGUGCCUAGGUUAAAUAACACUAAAACCAUUGCUUGGAAAAAUUACUGCAGACCCUUAUCUGAUACAAGUUUAUAUUUCCCAUCUAGAUUUUCUAAGGCUGAUGUAACCACACGUUAUGCAAAGUUAUGGAAGAGAAGUGCUAGUUCAACAAAAUGUAGUCCUCCUAAUGCUGAGAUUCCACCUGAUUUUCCUCCCCCUAAACUUGUUGGCACUGUUACUUUUGGAAAGCCUUGUGAUUAUGGUUCAAAAACUAGAAAAGGUGAUAAUAUUGUUGAUGAUGAUGUUCCUCCGGCUUUUUUCCCCACAUUUUGGAAUACUAUGCCCUUUGAAAAUUCUGUUGUUGAGGACUGUAACCAUGUCUUGGAAGAUGUUCAGUUUAAUGAUGGAGAUGAGAACAUAGAAACAUGGUUUUCAAAUGACAAAAUCUGCGUUGAUAUUGUUGCUGAUGUUCCUUCUAGGUUAAUGCUCUCUGAUAACUCUCUUGAAGAUGGUCUGAAUGCUGAAAGAAAUAUUGAUGCUGAUACUCCUUCAAGCUUACCUCCAAGUGACUGCCAAUCUGAGAUUCGAACUGAAAACUACAGCUAUUUAUCUGAAGAAAGCAUAGCGGAAUUUGAACAAAGAAUUAGCCGACUCGAGAGAAUGCGUAAAGAACUGAAGAAGGCCAGGUUGUUGCACUGAAUCCAGUUGACAGAAAUGGAUUACAAGGGAAUAAAGAAUUUCUUGUGGAGGUUUUGAUUUGGAGUCUUUUGCAUCAGCCUAACCUUGUAAAUUUAGUAGAACUAAAGAUGGAAAGGUUUGGUCACAGUUGAAAACAUGAAUAUGAUUAUACUAGUUAACCUACAUGACAAAUGAAACAUGAACUUUUACAUAUUAAUGUUUGUGGUGCUUAGUUCUGCUUUUACCUAAUUUCUUAUGUUCAUUUUGCUGCAA